CUAUAUAGACUCUGCGCAUGCGUCUGAAAUUUUGAAAAUUUGAAAUGGCGUCAUUCGAAAGUGAGGUUCUGUCUGAUGGAGAUACUGAAGAUCUUAUAGAUGGCGUUGAAGCACUCAGUGUAAUCAGUAGUCUUCACUCAACUCCACGUUUUAGUCCGAACGCCUCACCAUCCCAGAAACUGACAUCGCCUGGCAGAAAGUAUACACAGGGACUCAAACAACCUCAGAGCUACGACGGUUAUACCAGAUCUCAACCAGGACUGUCUAAUCAAUCAACAUUAACUACUGGGCGAAUACCAGACAGGACUAGUCAAUCAGCUCCUAACAGCCCUGCCGUUAACACACAACAACUUGUUGAAGAGAUCAAAAGAAAAGUUGCGGCAUCAGAAAUUACACUUAAUAAAUAUCAGACUGCAGGAACACCAGGUACAAGAACUCAGUUGUUUCCAGAUUCCUGUCCUUCUAGAAAGUAUGGCAGUUACCCAGAUGUCUCAUCUAAGAUAACUCAUGGUUCUGAAGUAUCCUCUGCUCACAUGAAACAAAGUAUGCUUGGACCAUCUGGAGCUCCUUUGGGUAAACCACCAAUCAGCCAAUCACAAGCAAUCCCUAUGUCACAUGAUAUUUCCCAGAGACAUGUACCAUCACAACAUGGAAUUGAAGAUGAUGAUAUUGAAAAUAAAAUAAUGACGACUCCAUCGAGAGCAAAGCCUCGAUUAUUGGAUGAGAAAUACUCAAGAGAUGAUAACUAUGGCAACAAAGAUGAAUUUCUGGUGGAAAAAUCCGAAAAACAGCAAGUUAAUUACGCUCAACAGGUUUAUGAAGAUGCUUUGCAAAGGGACAGAGAAAAUGAAGAAAAAUUGGAAAUUUAUCAGGAAGAAUUAUUGUCGCCAAGAAACAAAGAUGACAUUGAUACAGGGAUGUCCAAACAAGCAAUGUCAUCUGAGAAUUCUACAAUUAAUAAAAAAGUCAGAUCACCUCAUACAACAAAACUGUCCAGAUAUCAAAAUAAUGAAGCAAAACAACAACAGAACACCCAAAAGACUCAAAAGUUCACUGAAGACAUAUCAAAAUACACCAAAGACACAUCAAAAUUCACUAGUGACACAUCAAAGUACACCAGUGACACUUCAAAAUACACUAGUGACACAUCAAAAUACACUAGUGACACUUCAAAUACAUACCAUAGUUUUGAGGGCUCAUUUAACAUGGACACAAAUUCUCUCCAAAAUUAUCCAUCAAGCAGAAUGCAAAAACGUCAGGAUCAAAACAACAAAAUUGACAGUAAUUCAAAACCUCAUUUAGCUCCUCAGAGCCAAAAAUCACCUCCUUGGAAUAAAGAUAUUUUACCUCUACAGAGUAGGACAAAAUCAGAUCUCAAAGUGUCUAAUACAGAAUUUAAACCUUUAAACUCAAAUCAGAGGCUGUCUAGUAACUCAAGUUACUCUUCACCUGUCAUAAGAGACACCAAUUGUCAAUCUGAUUCAGAAACAAGCAGAUAUGCUUUCACUGGAGGGCCUUAUGUAGGUCUAGAGGGUCUGGCAUCUUCUCCAGGGUUAAUGGCUGCAGCAGAAACCAUAAAAAAGGAUAGUUUUUCCUCAAUGCACUCCAAGGACACAAGUGGGGUCACCAGCUUUGAUAUCAAGGAAAUGGAACAUGUACGAGGACAUAUACAGUCCAUGUUAAAUUCUCAGCCUGGGGGCAAGAGGACAGGUAAAUCUGAUUUUGAUCACACUAAUGAUGUAGAAUCUCUGUUAGCUGGUGGAGCAGAGACUGUGACUGGACAGAAAGAUGAAUCAUUUGGGAGUAUAGUAUCUUCUACCAUAUUAGGCUCUAAGAAUCUCAUGGAUUCAUCACCUACCUAUGGUCGCUAUAGCGAUAAUCUGCUUUAUACUGAAAACCAACAAUUGAGGGAAAGUUUAGAAAAAGAAAAAUACAGAAGAAGACACUGUGAGAAGCAGAUACAGCAGCUACAAGCCAAGAUGUUGGAGGUGCAGCAACAGCUGGCUGUUGCCGUGUCAACAGACAAGAGGAAGGACAGCAUGAUAGAGCAGCUUGAUAAGACAUUGGCGAAAGUUGUCGAAGGAUGGAAACGUCAUGAAGCGGAGAAACAGGAAAUGAUAGAAAAAUUAAAUGCUGAAAAGAAAUUAGCAGAGCAAGUCCAGAAAGAUCACCAGAAGAUGGUCAAAGGUUUUGAGGAAGAAGUAGCAAAUGCAAUGAGACAAGUUGCAGCAGAACGGGAGAAAAUGUCCCACAUUGAGCAGGAAAAACAGUCCUAUAUUGAAAAGCUUGACCAAGAACGUGGUCAGUUAGUCACAUUGCUUGAGUCUGAACAGGAGCGGAUACGUCGUAUCGAGGCAGAGAGAGAUCGGGCACAAGAUGGCCGCCAACACCUUGAGAAGCAAACGGAAAGUUUGCAGACGACUUUGAACCAGGAACGAGCCGGUUGGGCAGAAAAGGAGAAAGAAUUUGUCUCGAAGAUAGAUGAGAUUACUACUAUGCAGAUACAAGUCCUCAAGAAAGAACAGGACAGGGUUGAUGAACAGCAAAGGGCAUCAGAUGAAAGUAAACAGCAGUUAGCUGCAGUUCAGAAUCAGUACAGACAGCUGCAAGUGGACUUUGAUAGUCUCAGCAGAGAUAAGGAGAGUUUAAAGGUUGAGCUUGGCUUAAUGGAUGCAAGGUUGAAAAGCAGCAAGAGGAAACUUGAGAUGGAUAUGAAAGCCCAACUUGAGAAAGAGAUUUCCCAAAAGUUAGAAGAUGCUCACCAAAAGAUGGCAGCAGUUGAGGCAGACCUACAGGAAGUCCACAGGAAACACGUCGUAGAAUUAACGCAGCGUCAUAGUCGAGAAAUGGAAUCUCAGCUCCAACAGUUCCAUGAAGAGAUGAGACGCAAAGAUGCCCAUAUUAGGCAACAAAUUCAGCAGUAUGAUGACAGAUUAACUGAAUCUCUGGCUGAAAUUUCCUCAUUAAAAGCUCAAAACAGACAGAUAGACAUGCAGAAGAGAAAUAUAGCAGCAAAACUACAGAAUCUGAUGCACUCCCAUGUUAAUGAAGCCAUGUUGCUAUUAGGUGCAACUGAUUCUCCAGAUCGUGGUCAGGUUCUUGGUGGCGGGGCUCCAGUUUACACAAGUCCUGGUAGAGAAAGCAACCUUGACUCCGUAAGUGUCCAUAGCAACAGGCCCAUUGUGACAUCAAAUAGCAAUAUUGUCACAUCUCAAAGCCGCAUUGUGACAUCACAGAUAAAUAACCAAUCACAAAUGACCACAGGAGCUUCUCUCAAUGUCCCAGGUGUAAAUGGGGACCACAUGGCCAGAUUCCUGCAGAGUCUACCAGAGCAACCAAGAGGGGUUGGAGUUGGUAGCAUGCACCCCAGGAACAAUCCUGUUCAUACACAGUAUGGUAAUGGAGAUGGCUCUGAUGUUGCCAUGACAACAUCGAUGUCAGCCAGUCAAAAUCAAGGACAAAGACUCUCAUCCAAUCAGGUUCAAGGUCAUCUUCUUCCAUCCAAUCAAAUGCAAGGUCAAAAACUACCAACAAAUCAAAACCAAGGUCAAAUACCAGCCAGUGCUUAUCAUUCACAAGGCACAGGAGACAGAUCUCAAGCUGAAGCACAAAGAUCAAACAAUACUUGGGUCAAUAAUUAUACUACAACCCCCAUGAACUCGAGCCUAAUAGCAAAUAAUGCCAACAUUCCAAGUGGUGAUGGAUCAGAAAUUGGAAACCUCCCAUCAGCAAGAUCUCAAUCAUCUCAACUUAAUAUGAACUCUAGUUAUAACCAACUAAGAAAUACUUCCAGAACUCAACAUAACACAGUGACAUCACAGAGGGCCAGUGAUGGAAGUUAUAAUCAACAUGUGGUUGGUCAUGACAAGAUGGCCGCCACCACCAACAGAAAUGUUCAAGGUCAUACAAAUUAUUCAGGAGCUCAGUUACUUCAUACUCCUAAUAUACAGAACAGUCAGGCAUAUUUGUAUAAUACAAAUACUCAACAGCAUAGAAGUCAUAUUGGAGGUCAAGGUCAAGACACUUUCAAGCCUCUUCUACAAGAGAGCGACUGUAGCAACAUUGAUGGCAAAAGUGAUACUGGUGACAUACCUCCAGGUGUCAGCACAGGUCCCAUCAGUGAGACAUCUUCCAUACAUGACAACACACUUACAGAGCAGUACGAUGAUAUGACACAGAAGUUUGAUGAUCAUGAGUUGAAGCAAAAUGAACUCCAACAUUACAUAAAGAUGUUGCUCAAUAAAUCCCCAGGGGAUCCUGUAGAUGGCAGCACCAAGGUAGAUGUAUCCAAUGAGCAAUCAGCAGAUCCACUAUUAACACCAAUCAAAUCCAGACCCGCUUCAAUUCCAAAUAGAGGUGUUGCAGCUGGGGCUGCUCAUGACAAACCCCAAGACAAUUUCACACCAGCAUUCACACAUUCUAUGGUGGCACCCACUCAAGGCCUACAGCACAAUGUUGAGUUAUCUCCAAAACAAGUUGGUGAAAUAUCACGAUUACUGAAGCUGUAUAAAGAUUCUCACCAGGGGGAGCUAUCAGAAGACCCGCCAAUUGAUGAACUGUUGACAUACUUUGAAUCCAUUCAUCACAGUGAUGGUCUUCCAGUCAGUAGUGGAAGUGUAACACGUCUUCCUAGCCAAUCACAGAAGACUAAACCAGGGUCAAAGGUCAAACAGAACCUGGGACCACGCUACAAGAAAGCAGAAGUGGAUGCCAAAGUAAAGCAGUUGCUACAGCAACAGAAACAAUCCGAGCCAAUCAACAAACUGGACAGAGGUCAUGUGAUCAAGGCCACCCAAUUAAGGAAAACUAAAUCAAGUGUUAAAUCUAGUGGGGCAGCAUGGAAAUAAAUACAACUUUCAUCGUAAAUCAUUGAUAAUUACACAAGAUAUCUACAUUUGAGCCAAUCAGCAAACGAUAUUUAGGUCAUGUGACAAAGACAAAUCUAUCGCUAUCACAUUGUUAGAUCUGAUCUGAUAUGGAUUCACCACAGGAUUUAACAUUAUCUUUUAGUCCUCAUAGGGUAUCAUUUAGUCAAAUAUUUAUUUUUACUUCCAUAUAAUAGUUAUUGUUUUUGAAAAUAUUGUAAAGCAAUAACAAUCGCACAACUAUAGACUUGUUUUUGAGUUGUUUCAUUAAAACUCAUUUUU